GCUACCGCUCCUCUCAUCGCUCGCUUGUUUUCAUACCUAGAUCAGCAAUGCUAACGUUGCUCUCAUUUAAUUAACUUUGUUUCAAGAAAUGAAGUAAUUUUAGCUGCGAUCAAUUGUAACUGCAACGAAGAUGAGCAUGCAGCCGCCCCCAAGGAAGGGCGGGUACCUGAAGGUGCUCAAGAACCUACACAGUGAGCAGGUCGCCAGAUUGAACGCCAAGAACCAACAGGAAUGUGAUCUAUUGGAAGACAUAAGAAGCUUCACGAAGCAGAGAUCUACCAUAGAGCGCACCUAUGGAGAGGCGCUGUUGAAGCUCGCCACGUCCUAUCAGAAUCGCAAGAUCGCCUGUGUGCCGGACAUUAGACUGGAGGACGGCUCCGAGGCAUGCCGAGGCAUGGUCGGUAGCUCGGCAAACCUCGGCAAGAAGCUGAGCGAUCAGCUGGUGCAGUGCCAGAAGGAGUUGCAGUUGCAGGUGCAGGAGCUGGAUCGUCUUAAGAAGAUUUAUUACGAUGAAGAAUCCGUGGCUAUGGACGCGAGGGAGAAAGCCUCGGCUGCUGAGGACAAGCUGAAGCGCAAGAAAGGGUCCAUCUUCCAGUCCAUCACGUCGCUUCAGAAGAACAGCGCUAAGUUUGCAUCAAAGCGCGACAUGUGCGACGAGAAGAGCCACGGCGCGCGUAACGACUACAUCCUGGCCCUGGUCGCCGCGAACGCUCACCAGCGCCGCUACUACGAGAUCGACUUUGAGCGCAUGCUGCGGACGAUGGAGUGCGACAUGUACGACAAGGUGGCGGAGUACAUCACUCUGCUGGGCCGCACUGAGCUACUCACGUGCUCUGCUGCUCAGGUCUCAUACACCAAGAUCCGCGAUCAGGCCCAGACUAUCACGAGAGGGUACAACCUGCGCUGCUACCUGACCUUCUACCCGAUGCUGGGCCAGAAUGUACAGUAUGACUUCGAUCCUUCAGACGAAGAUGCUGUGGGUAAGAUCACCAUCAUCGAUGCAAACCACAAGGAAAUGUUGGAGCAGGAGGGCAAGAAAUGCGUCGCCAGAAUAACCAAAGAAGUGAAGGUGAUCCGUGAUUGCUGCCGUCGCAUUCAGAAGCUUCAGUCUGGAGGCAAGCCUGAAGAAGGCGCUCCAGUGGGAGACCCUGAAGCGAGAAUUGAAGAGCUGAAGCAGCUCAUACGGCGCGCUGAAACUGAGAAGAUGAAAGCUGAAGCUAAAGUUGAAGCUCUUAGAGAUGGUGGAGUGGAGGUGGAGGACUACAGCAAGAGCGUGGACAGCGACAGCCUGGCAGUGGACAUGGACGCCACCCUCAGCCGCUCGGGCUCAUCGCUGUCCGUCAGAGACGAGGGUGACGUCACAGCAGGGGAGGGCGGGGAGGGCGCCGGUGACGGAGAUCGCAACGCGCCGUUGCAGCGGCAGACGACCGACGCGCAGCCGCCCAACGAAGGUUCGUUGUUUAUCCAAAACCCCGACGAGUUAAGCUUCAUGGAGAACGAGGAGCUGGAGCUGCUGGGCGAGGGUGAUGGUGACGGCUGGAUCAGCGCCAGGAACUACAAGGUUCAAGACGGGUUCGCGUCCUGGGACCCUGUGAACCCCGUGGACGUCAACUGGGGGGACGAGGGCGACGAUGAGAUCCCCGCUGCCGCCCCCACGCAACCCCCCGACGACGACGAGGGGAUUGAGCCCCCCUCUCAGCCCCCCGAGGUGGCGGGGACGACUAAUGUGGUGACGUCAGCAGGCGAGUACUGCGUGGCGCUGUACGACUACGAGGCGACGUGUCACGAGGAGCUGACGUUCGAGGAGGGCGAGGUGAUCAAGGUGCUGACGCGCGACGUGCACGACGUCGAUGACGGCUGGUGGAUGGGGGAGGUGCGGGGGAUGAGGGGCCUCUUCCCAUCCCUCGUCGUGGAGGAAUGUGGGGCUGACGGCGAGCCUCUCACGCCUGAGGGGAGUUCAGCGGGCUCCCCGGGUACGACUCCUCCCCCCCACACGCCCCCCGAGGUGCCAGGGUUCCUCCUGCCCCCCGACGGCAUCAUCAUCACUAUGCCCACGCCUGACGUGGAGACGCUCGACGAGGCUAUCAAGCAGAAGAAACACAAGGACGAACAAGAGAACAAAAAAGGAAAAGAGAACAAAGAGAACAAAGAAGGAAAAGAGAAUAAGGAAGGAAAAGAAAACAAAGAGAAUAAAGACGUAAAUGAGGACAGUAACAGAGUGGUGGACAGCGAGGAAUUGAAAGGAAAGGCAGAGGGCGAAAAAGUUCAAGCGGACGAGAAGAAAUCUGAGAAGGACGUCGAGGUCGAUACAGCCGACACAGGUGCCUCAUUUUCCAUGGUUUUAGCAGGCAAAAAGACUGAGCUCUACCAGCGUCAGUUUAGCUCCUCCCCAGACAGCGAGAGCACAGCGGCUCCCCAGCCCCAACAGCUUCCCCCCAAGACCUCUUAUGAUGAGCUGGUGUCCAGUCCUGACGUCUCCGUGCCUGACCCUGACAGCGGAGGUACAGGCCAGCCUUCUCCCAACGGACCCAAGCAACCCUCUCAACCCUCAACACAGAAACCUGCUGACGGAGGACUUGCGGUGACAGAGAUCGUGUUGACGGCGCCCACUCCUACAGUUGAAGAGGCCACCACCUGCAAGGCUGAGGAGGCCACCACCUGCAGGGCUGAGGAGGCCACCACCUGCAGGGCCGAAGAGGCAACCACCUGUAGGGCUGCACCUCAACCAGCUGACUCACUGGACGCGACAGAUGGCAACCACUCGGACCCUGAGAACGAAGUCAGUUUGCUGGAUGAUGACGAUCAUCCGCCACCUCCACCUCCAGCUCCAAGUGGAGGAGGUGGAUCAGGUGUGGAGGAGAGAAGAAGAGAGCAGGAGGAAGUAUGUAGAGGAACAGCUCCAAAAAGUGGAGCAAAAGUCAAAGGCAGCAACAGCAUCGAAAUUUGCAGUGAAUCUGGAAAUGGAGCAAAGUCUCCAACUCCAAGCGAAGGGCCGCCAGAUCUCGACCUCGAAAAACUCAAGGAUCUGGACAGGCUCAAAGAGUCCGAUGCUUGAAAAUGAUUAUAAAUUGUUUGGGAAGAAUACCGGGCUCUGGUGACGCGUUGAAUUCGAUGAAAUGCGUUAAAUGCGGAAUCAGAAGUACGGAACAACUCGUGCUAUUAAAAAAUUGAAAAAUCUGUUAAAAGCUAAACGACCGAAGGUUCGAACGCUUCUUCUCGAAAUUUAAACCGAAGACUGGCUGCAUGGCGGCAGUAGAGCACAGUUUCUGCAGCCUGAUGUCUUGCAUCAAACAUGAUAUGAUUUUGAUCUUCCCGCACGUAGGCUGCUGUUGGCAGCAAUAUGGUCAGCAGAGCCACAUCUCAAUUGUCUACAAGUCUCUGGUUCAAUUAAACAUAUUUUAUGGAAAGAUCGGGUUACAAAGGCCGGAUCC